AUGAAGAAAAUCACCUUAAGCGCUGACGAAACGCUGAUUGAAGCAGCCCACGCGCGCGCACGGGAAGAGCAAACAACGCUGAAUGAACAAUUUCGACGAUGGUUGACCGUUUAUGUGCACCAACGCGACCGCGCAUUGCAAUACGACGCCGCGAUCAGCGAACUGCGCGGAAAACUGCGCGUCGGCGAAUCUCCGUCGCGCGAGGGUAUGAGCGAGCGCUGA